AAUUCCCAACCUACCCAUCAUCUUCAUCCCUGUUCUAUGAAUAGUGAACUCAAAGUCCUCUGCAACUCCUCUUUCUCCAUUUCUCUUCAAAUUCCUCUCUCUCUCUCUUAACCAGUGAAACUCAAACUUCUGUGCUUCUCUCUCUCUUGUUUCCUUCUCUAUCUCUCUACUCCUCUUCCUUCACCAGACGUUUCUUUCCGCGGAGGAGCCGCCAUUUCAGAGCUUUAAGUUGUAAGGAGGAAUAUCAAAGAGAAUGAACAGGUGGGUUUACGAGCACAACACUAUGGCUGCCUGCCAAGAGAUGAGGAUGGAAUCUGUGGUUUGUCCUAAGCCACGCCGCUUGGUUCUUCAAACCCUUCCUGAUAAUGACCCCAUCACUGCCCAUAGAUGGCCCAUCGGCCAUGCCAAGACUGGAAAUUCUAAAGCAGGAGCUGAAUUUCUUGAUAUGAUCCUCGCUAAGGAAAGUUUUGGUGAAAAUUUAAGCCACCAAUUGGCAACAUCUCCCCCAUUCUUUUGGGGGACUCCACCAAGUAGGACUUCCAACCCUUUAGUCCAAGAUGAACAAUUUGGUAAUGGUAACAAUAUCUACCAACUUUGUGAAGAACCCCCAUCUCCAGCAACCCAUAAAGGUGGAUGCACCCGUAUGAAAUUUGGGCAUCGACCUGCAGCAGUCCGAAUCGAAGGAUUCGACUGUCUUGACCGCGAUGCCCGAAAUUGCAGCAUUUCUGUUGUGGCUUAACCAAAAGGGAGGCAGCCUAGGUAUUUGAAGUGGAGGAGAUUUGGGAUAGGAGAAUUGAGUUGAAACUGAUGCGUCUUUUUUCUUUCUUUUCACUAAUGUGUAAAGUUGUAUAUAGAAGAGUCAAUCAAAUGCAUGAUGGAUGUUGUUGCUGAGUCCUUUUGUUGUUGUUGUUGCUGCUGUUCAUCAAAUCUCAAAGAGAUGUCUCUGUAAUUAAGGUGACUAAUGAUGUUUUAGACGAUCUAAUCUGAGGAAAUAAAGAAGAGAACUUUCUCAAUUUUGUUUC